GCUGUCAAUAGCUUGUUGCUCAAAUCAGUGUAGUGUCACAAAGUAACAGCUGUUAGGAAUCACUUCCUUGCACCUUUAUAAAACAUUAAGCCGCCAUUUAUUACACCCACUUGGCUCGUCGGGCGGUCAUUUCGGGGCAAAAACGUGUCCGACGUGUCCGAGCCGUCCGUAUCCACCCCCACCCCUGCGGCGGGGAAGCAGCGGUCCAUCCGCGGCGAUGAGCUCACCGGUCUAAAGUGCCUUUGAGAAGAAGUUGGUUGUUUCAUGUGGAAAGCCUGUUUUUUUCUUUGAGGCCAACAAAAACAUCAUAGCUCACCUGGAGGCCGCUACUUUGCACGCCAUCAAAGCCGGAUAAUGGUCUGAAAAAGCAACCAGCCGUGCAUAGUUUUUCAAAGAAAAGCCAACGAGUGGCGGUGUCUGACUAGAUGGGUCAUCUCCACCUCAGUGACCCUCCAUCUGAUCCUUCCGCUCCAGCUGAUGGAGCACUCAUCAGCUUGUUUUAGGAGAGGACUUUGAGCUCACAUCCAAAUCCUGUGAUCUGCCUUCCGCUUUCGGUGCAUUAAGAAGAUUGUCUUUACAAUAAUAAUAAAAAAAAAAACAUUUAACGAACAUUUUAUGAUUAAAAAUCUUUGGACAUGGCGUCGCUGAACCUUUCAUCAGGAAGAGACACAAAAUGGCUAACCCUGGAAGUGUGUCGACAGUUCCAGCGAGGAAAUUGUUCACGCAGCGAUGAGGAGUGCAAAUUUGCUCACCCGCCAAAGAGCUGCCAAGUGGAAAAUGGGAGGGUCAUCGCCUGUUUUGACUCACUAAAGGGCCGAUGCUCCAGAGAAAAUUGCAAGUACCUUCAUCCGCCUUCGCACUUAAAGACCCAGUUGGAAAUAAACGGGCGCAACAAUCUCAUCCAGCAGAAGACAGCAGCUGCAGUGCUUGCUCAGCAGAUGCAGCUCAUGAUCCCUACAGCCGGUCUCCAGUCUGUGGGUCUUGGCACAAACUCCGGUCUGGGCUACGGUUCGUACUUGACACCCCUGAGCCACGGGAUGAGCCUGGUCCCCACAGACAUCCUCCCCAGCAGCCAGGUUCUUGUUCAAGGGAGCUCGCCUGUCGCGGUCCAGAGCUCGCCUUCUUCCCCCUCACAGAAGCUCCAGCGCACUGACAAACUGGAGGUGUGCCGCGAGUUCCAACGGGGAACCUGCGCCCGAGGGGAGACCGACUGCCGCUUCGCCCACCCCAGCGACAGCCCCAUGAUCGACACCAUCGACAACACCGUCACGGUUUGCAUGGACUACAUCAAGAGUCGCUGCACCCGGGACAAGUGCAAGUAUUUUCACCCGCCCGCGCACUUGCAGGCCAAAAUUAAGUCCAGUCAACAUCAGACGGCUAUGACUGCUCAGGCCACAGCUGCAGCCGUGACUCAGUCGACUGCCAAAGCAAUGAAGCGACCCCUCGAGGCAACUGUAGACCUGGGUUUCCCCCACAGCAUCCUACAACCUCUGCCAAAGAGACCAGCUCUGGAGAAGAGCAACUGGGCAAACUCGCUGCUCAACCCCAGUUUGUUGCACUAUCAGCAGGCUUUGGCCAACACACAACUGCAGCAGCCCACAGCUGCGUUCUACCCUGCAGGUUCUCUUUUAUGUAUGACUCCUGCAAACAGUGUCGUCCCCAUGAUGUACAGUGCUACGCCUGCUAGUGUCUCUGCAGCAACUUCUCCCGCCACAAGUGUCCCCUACGCAGCAACAGCACCAACCAAUCAGAUCAUUCUGAAGUAACCACCACAAACAGAACACAGUGCCACAGUGCUGCAGUCCAACAACGGCAACCCGUGUGUACAUACGGUGUUCACGGCGCACGUCACCUGCAACCAGCAUGCUGAAUGCAUCACCAGUCAAUAGGAUGGAGUCAUCAACGACGUACAGUAGCUCAUUUUUUUGAACCGUAAGUGGCACCUGUAAAGUUGUUGUAAUAAGCAUCAUAUUUAUUCCCCCAUAGCAAUUGGGAAAAAAAAUACAGUAACUCAAACAUAGGCAAUGUACUGGAAUAUAUAAACAUACUAUACUAACAGCUAUCGGUACAAACAUAAAUGUUAUUUCUUGACAUUCUGACGAUUGUAAAUAGUCAAAUCAGAUGUGUGUGUGUACAUGGUAUGGUGGCCAUGUGUUCUACUUUCUUGAAUGCAUCACACAAACAAAUGUAACGAUUGUUUUUAACCUUAUGCCAGAUUCAAAUUAUUUUAAAGAAAUAAGCUAAAAGCACUUAUAUUUCAACUUAUAUAUCCACUUUCUUGGAGAUGAAGUCCCGCAGGACUAAGGCCCCCCCCGAAGCGUGCGGCAGUGCUCCCCCACCUGGUGUGCCUUUGCAUUGCAUAGAAAGUUUGUUCGCUGACAUCAAAAUUGUAGGACCCCCACACUCGAAGGGUCUCUCUCUCUUUUUCUCUCUCUCUGCUAGUGGACAAAGAUUCAACAUAUAUAUUUCCCUCUUGGUUACAGACAAAAAUAAGCUUUUUAGUCGAUAAAUUAACAUGACGGGCAGUGAAGUGUGACCACGGUGUGGAACCGUUAGUCUAACCGUUCCAUCGCUGUCUUUAUUUGAAUGUUACAAGUGCCUAAAGAGUUGUCAUUUUUAAGAGGCUUCGGAUGAUCUCGCCCUGUUGAAUCUAUUUAAAUCGGAUGUAGAAAGACGUCUUAAAAUGCUUUUGUGAAGACUUUCAUGAUUAUUUCUUAUUUAUGUACCCUCAUUAUUAGCGAUUCUUUGAUUUUUAUUGUAUUUCCUAUUUAAGAUGAGUUUGUAGUUUUGUAGUCUUCCCCAGAAAUGUUUCUUAAUAGUCAAACGUGACGAUAAUUAGAAUUUAAGGAAAAACGUGAAGUGUAGUACAGGGACAUUGUAUACAUUCUGUUAACCAAUUGAAACAUUUAUUUGUGUCACUGACUGAGCAUGUUUUGAUUCAUUCAGGAAAUCUUACUUACAAAGUUAUCUUUUAUUUCCUCUCCAUAAUUUCCUAUUUUUUAUUGUGGAUUUUAUUGUUGCUGUCUGUCUGUAUGUAACAUUAACUAAAGAACACACUAAAACAUAUUUACUCCUUGAA